CCAACAAAAAGAAAAAAAGAAAAAAAAAAAUUUCUUUUUGUGUUUUGUAAUGGAAAAUCACGGCGAUGACCCAAACAGUCCAAAUCUCAGCUCCGACAGGGCGGAGCCGGUGAGAUCACGGUGGACGCCGAAGCCGGAGCAGAUUCUGAUUUUGGAGUCCAUUUUCAACAGUGGAAUGGUUAAUCCACCCAAGGAUGAGACCGUUAGAAUUAGAAAGCUGCUUGAGAAAUUUGGCUCUGUCGGAGAUGCCAAUGUUUUCUACUGGUUUCAAAACCGCCGCUCUCGGUCUCGCCGCCGCCAACGCCAGCUGCAGGCAGCUGCAAGCCACCAAGGUGGCAGUGCAAUUCAUUAUGACAGUGGUUGCAGCGGUGGCAGUGUCAUGAAUUUUGCUCCUUCCUCUUCUUACCUUGGAGAAGGAGGCUCCUCCUCCUCCGGAGGCGGCGGUUUUUCGAUGACCGAUCACAUGGGUAUCUCUGAAAUUGAUCAGCCGAUGGUUGUAACCCCCUCGUUUUGCCCUUCAGCAACCUCGAAUUUAGAGUUCCAAUCAGGUUAUAUUAUAAUAUUCAUAAAUGGAGUUCCGACAGAAGUGCCAAAAGGAGCGGUGGACAUGAAGGCAAUGUUUGGGGAUGACACAGUGUUGGUUCACUCCUCAGGACUCCCAGUUCUUACCAAUGAAUUUGGAAUAUCACUGCACAGUUUGCAGCAUGGUGAAACCUACUUUCUGGUUUCAAGGCCGACAUGAGUUAGGAAAGAAACCAGCUGCAACAGCAGCAGCAACAACAGCGCCUACCAACAAGAAAAUUAAAAACAGCUCUCAGAUUUUCAAAUGAUUCGUC